GCAGAGAAAGCCUUCUCUCAUCAGAUUCGCCCCUCUAAUUGAGUGUUCUGUUUAGCCUUUGAUUGUUAAAACUCGUAAUCAAAGAAUAUUUCGAGUGGGAGAAGCAACUUUGUUCGCGAUAUUCCUCUGAAGCAGAACAAUUUGUUCGAGCAGACCGUACGAGCUUUUGGCGUCUGGGUUGGAGACGCCAAGACGUCGGAUGUAGUUUCUGUGCACUGUGAACCCCGGUUGAUCCUCGCCUAUCGAUUGUAUCGUACUAACGGCGUACUGGAUAUCCUUUUCCUGCAGAAAUUCCUGAAACAGUUCAAUCGAGAAACGAACAUUUCGAGGGGAAUUAAAAUACAGGGAAAACAUGACACCAGAGGGAUAUACACGGGUAUACGUUGGCGGACUUAACGAGAGCAUCAAAAAGGAAGAUCUCCAGACAGAGUUUGAGAAGUAUGGGAAGCUAAAUAAAGUUUGGGUUGCUUUCAAUCCACCAGGUUUUGCCUUUAUCGAAUUCUUAAAUAACAAUGAAGCAGAGCUAGCGUGUAGCAGUAUGAAUGGCACAGAGAUUAUGGGUGCCAAGUUGAGAGUGGAAAUUUCACGAGGUAGAGGUCGUGGUGGAGGCAGGGGUGGUAUGGGAGGAUUCAGAGGAAGUCGAGGCGGUACAAAUAGGGGCUACAGUUCCCCUAUGACCAAUCUGCUGAGUUACAGAGGAAAUAAUGCGUACGCGGAUUAUGGAGGUUACUACGCAGGCAAGGGUGGCGGAAGUAGAGGUAGAGACUACUAUGGAGAAGAUUAUAUGACUAAUCGUGCCGGGGGGUAUGUUACUCGAGAAGGAUAUACGCAAGAUGUCUAUAAUAGCGGAGAGUCCAACGCCGAUUAUUAUACCAACAAAGGCACUGGCACAUCGAGGUAUCGAAGUCGUUCUCCGGCUGGUCGUGGCAGUCAUCGUCAUCUUCGUGAAUGCACAUAAAAGAUCUACACUGCAUUGCCAAUCUGAACUGCGGGCCAAUCAGCUACCCGCCCUGGUGACUACAUUUCUAUCCAAUCUACGCAGCGACCUGUAUAUAGACAAGAACUACCAUUGCAGAUUAAGUUGUGCAAUACCAUUUAUAUAGUAUAAUUUAGUUCCACAGUUUGUAAUCAUUUUCAGAACAUUACUCAUUAUUCAUAGAGAUGUGUUAUUACAAACUUUAUAUACAAUGAAUGAAAGACAGAUGAAACAAAUUAUGAAAAAAGGAUUUGAAUCAGCAAGCCAUACGAUCUUAGUCUAAAAUGAACUUAUACGAGUGUCUUUUGCCUUCUUUGAAUUUGGGGUAUUAUAUAUUUUAUAAUAUUAAAUAAGUUUUUUUUUAUAUGUAUUUUUUAUACUUCUUUUAAGUUUCUUUUUAUAAAAGAAAAGUUUGACAUACCAUAUAUAUAUAUAUAAAAAAAAUACGAGAUAAAGUUCUGCAACUUACACCUCUUCUGUAUCUUUUUGUUUCUUUUAACGUUAACAUGUGUUCUAUGGGGGUUCCAAUAUAAUGGUCGAUACUUUUAUAUCAUCUAUUACGAACGUACUUAUUGUUUAACGAAUAGUAAUACUUUUAUUUUAAAAAAUGAAAUAAAACGAGGAAAAUUUGCGCAAUUUUAACCAAAUGCACACUACUGCUCGUAUAUACUUAAUUGUGCAGCUUUGCCUUAAGAACUUUUAUACACCAAUGUGAACUCACGAUUAAAGAGCUGCAAAAUUAAUUCAUUACUUAUGAUCUGAAGUAUGGCCUUGAAAUAUAUGUGCAGAGAUAGUAUUGCAUUUGGACAUUUUUGAGCGUUUAUCACUGUGGAUACUCAAAUGAAAAAUACUGAAAUUAUGGUAAUAAUGUUUGCCAUUGCUGUAAAUGAUAUGGAAUUGGAAAUCUAUUAAAUGAUUUGCUCUCA